AUGAGGCCUCCGAUCUCCAACUCAAGAGGAUCAAUGUCUACUACAACGAGGCGUUUGGCGGCCGCUACGUCCCUCGCGCCGUGCUCAUGGAUCUGGAGCAUGGUACCAUGGACAUCAUCAGAUUUGGUUCUUACGGCUAGAACUUCUGCCCCGACAACUUCGUCUUCGAGCAGUCCGACGCCGGGAACAACUGGGCAAAAGGUUACUACACGGAGGGAGCCGAGCUCAUCGAUUCCGUCCUCGAUGUCGUUCACAAGGAGGCCGAGAACUGUUAUUGCGUGCAAGGUAUAUGACGAAAUGGCCUCUGUUCUUUAUCAUUUCUCAGAUAUGUUUGGUGUUUGA